AUGGAUUCUCGACGGCUGACUGUCUUUCCAAGAACGGGGAAUGGCUUAGACAACGCUAGAUUGGCCGGCCGCAACGGUGACGCUCGUCCGCCCCAAGCUCCAAAGCGAAAAGUUCAAAGCGGCAACGAGCCGGCAGACCCCAAGCUUCCAAAGCUUGCGCCAACGCUCCGAGUCAAGCGCAAAACAUUCACGCCGAUCGACAGAGAUCCCGACCAACACUACCGGUGCAUACACAGCGUGGAUCCAGAAGGAGAGAGACCCUACUGCCUAGCCCAGGAGGUUGCUUCAGACGCCGCUGAGCAUGCCUAUCAGGUCGUGAUGAUCCGACGCAGCCCAGACAAGCCCGUUGUAGGCCUGGAGAAGCCGAAUCCGAAUCUCCUCAACAUCGUGUCUGUCUUUCGGUUUCGAGAUUCUCUAUUCACCGUGUUCGACCGACCCGGCCUUCCCCUGUCUGAGAUUGCGGUGUCUCAUUCUCCUCAGCUGGGGCUAGCCGAGGUGAAGACGAUAAGCACAGAGGCACUUUCUGGUAUCUGCGCUCUGAGUGCAGCAGGCCUUCAUUUGCCUUCGAUCGAUAUAGAAGACAUCACGGUCUCGGCAAGCGAUGGCCAAGUCAAAGUCGGUGAGUGCAAAUCGUGUCUUGGACGACUACCGACCGCUGAAGGACAGCGAGCAUUCGACCGAGCACCGCUGCACGAGGCAGCAGCAGACGGCAAGGCCAGUGCUUUUGGGGCCAUGCUAGAAGAUCUAGUGUCCCGUGUCCCGAGUCCUUUGGCGCUGCAGCAAAGCGACGACCUCCAAUCUUUCAUCCGACAUGCCGAUCAGGCAAUAUAUCGAGAGCUACAGAAGGUAGACAUGCUUCUCACAAGUGACAACACAGAACUAAGACACUGCAGGACGCCUUUCUAA